UUUCAAUUGUCUAUUUUUUCACUUGUAAAGCACCUUGUAGCUGUGUUUUGAAAGGUGCCAUAUAAAUAAAGUUAAUCCGCAUUAUUAUUAGUAUGAACUACUCUGCAAUGGUUAAUGAUAUUUACUCAUUUGCCAUUUUUUAGGUGAACCAAACAAGUGCCACAGUAACAUGUUGAUUGUCACUGUUGAGAAGUGGUGGAACUGUGGUCAUAUCGGAUGCUAUGGUUGUGGUUUGUGUUGUUGAUGCACGUGUGUUUCCAAUAGUUUGUGUUGUGUCUCUCUCUCUGUAGGACUGGGUAAUAAAACAAUAUCAAUAAUUGCAGCAAACAAUUUUCACCAGUAGCAAUAUAAUAGAGGUCGAAUAUUGUGUAAGCACAGUGAGGAGGUACAACACAUAAUGGAUCAACCUCAGUUUUGCUGAUUUUUAAACCAAAACCUUCACUCUGGAGCACAAAUCGGUCAUAAAAACUGAACAGAAAUAAUGAUACGACGCUUAUUAUUAUGAUAAUUAAAAAUAAAAAAACUGACAUGGAUUUUUAAAACCUUGAUGUAUGUCCUGACCAUAUGUUCAACAACACCACAGCAGUUGUAUCAACCCCUCUGUAAAAACAAAUAAAACAAAACUCAACUUUAUUAUCUUCCUGUGUGUAGGAUGUGGUGCAGGACUGUUGUAUUACACCACAUUCAUUUAACAUGUGUGUAUUUUAAUAAACUGCUACUGCUGGUGAACUUUACCCCACUUACAGCGGAACCUUUCUUCACCGGGGUUUGUUUGCGACACAGAUAUGAGAAGCACCACAUUAUUUACAGGCAAUUUCUCCAGGAAAAAAACAUAUUUUAAUUAGUUGUAAUAAUAUAAAUUCAACCUGGUGCAUCAUGAGAGAUUAAAGAAUAGCUAAAGAUUAAAUAAAAAUAAAACUUAUCAUUGAACGAGGUAGGAAAAAGGCGUGUAGCCACAUGAUGAAUUUAACCACGCAAUCAGCUGCCUCUCAGCCAAUCAGAGCGGAGAGCGUUGGAUUUCGCCGGCCUCUCAUUGGCUGCGCGGGUAGGUGGCUCCCCUCGGGUGCUUCCACUGGAUUCACCCUGAAAUGAUUCCGCCGUGUCCCCGGGUGAAGGUUCGGUGACGGUGACGUUAGCUGCUCGCUCCACUCAGGUUAACGUGUCCUCCACGAUGUCAGGCCGGGUUCUGGUCGGAGUUAAGCGGGUCAUCGACUACGCAGUGAAGAUUCGCGUGAAGCCGGACAACAGUGGUGUGGUGACGGAUGGCGUAAAACACUCGAUGAACCCCUUCUGUGAGAUCGCUGUGGAGGAGGCGGUCAAGCUGAAGGAGAAGAAGUUCAUUAAGGAGGUUGUGGCUGUGAGCUGUGGACCACAGCAAGCAAUGGAGACCAUCCGCACCGCCCUUGCCAUGGGUGCAGACCGAGGCAUUCACGUGGAAGUGGCUGGGAAAGACUAUGAAAACUUGGGGCCCCUGCAGAUCUCCAAGAUCAUGGCUGCUUUGGCCAAGAAGGAGGAUGCACAACUCGUCCUCCUCGGCAAACAGGCCAUCGAUGGCGACUGCAAUCAGACGGGCCAGAUGACGGCAGCCUUACUGGACUGGCCUCAGGGCACUUUUGCAUCAGAGUUAUCACUGGAAGGAGACAAAAUUAAAGUGGUGAGAGAGAUUGACGGCGGCAUGGAGACGAUUAAAAUCAACAUGCCAGCAGUGGUGACCGCAGACCUUCGACUCAACACCCCCAGAUAUGCCACUCUGCCUAAUAUCAUGAAAGCCAAGAAGAAGAAAAUCGCCAACAUGAAGCCUGCAGACUUGGGAGUGGACCUCACGUCACGGUUGGAGGUGUUGAGAGUGGACGAGCCCCCGAAGAGGGAGGCGGGGAUGAAGGUGGAGACGGUGGACGACCUGGUUAGCAAACUGAAGGAGACGGGGACGAUAUAGAGGCAGGAGGAGUGCACGGAGAGAAGAAGGGACUGUUUAAUGAAUAACUGGACUGGAUUACCUGAGCGCACCCAGAGGAUGAGCUCAUGUGUCGGCCCAAUCCCUGUUUGACACUGAACCUCCUGAGGACAUGCAGGGGGGGGGGGGACUGACAGGAGAGGAGGAAUACUGAGAAACACUGUCUGUCAGCAGAACCAAGAAGGAUCAUCUCUUCUUUGACCUACAUCCCAUCUUACAUGGAUGAAUCCUCAGUCACAGGCCACUGAUAUUAGACAAGAAGUCGCGAUGCAAUAAUUUAAACCCAGAAACCUCCUUUCUCUCACUGUUAAUGUUCAUAUUGCACUAUAUGCUCACACCACCAGUACGAUGCAUCUUACCAACAGGACACUCAGCCUCUUCAUCUUGUUUAUCUGUUGUCUCGCUCAGAGGUGCAGUCUUUGUAAAUGAUGUAUGUAAAUAUGAGUCCAGACAUAUUCAGAUGAUUAUUUCAAAAUUAGCAUCAUGACUGUCGGUAAUCUGUAUAGUUUGUCUGUGAAUGCUAACGGGGUUUCUGUCUAGACGGUGUCUCUCAGUAUAAGCAAGGGAAAUGUAUUCAUAAAUCUGAAUUUUACCAUAAGCGCCUCAGUUCUCUGUUGACUGAACAGAACCAUUACCAUAACAAUAAAGUAACCAAUCUUUUUCAUAUCUUAAUAUGCAA